AUGGCGCGCGGGCAGCAGGGGCGCGUGGGCAGCAGACGCGCACAGGCAGUAGGCGCGCGCGGGCAGCAGGCGCGCGCGGGCAGGAGAGGCGCGCGGACAGCAGGCGCGCGCGGGCAGCAGGGCGCGCGGGCAGCAGGGGCUUGCGGGCAGCAGGCGUGCGCAGGCAGCAAGCGCGCGCGGGCGGCAGCGACGCGCGUGCAGCAGGCGCACGCGGGCAGCAGGGCGCGCGGGCAGCAGGGCUCGCGGGCAGCAGGCGCGCGCAGCCAGCAGUGCGCACGGGCAGCAGGGGCGCUCGGGCAGCAGGGCUGCGCUCAUGCAGCAGGUUCGCGCGAGGCAGGGCAGAGUGCAGGGCAGGGGCGCACUGGGUAG